GCCCAUCGCUGCCCGCGGCCGCCCCCGCCGCUCCCCGUCCCCAUGAGCUGACGCCGCGGGGCGGCGGCGGGGGCAGGAGCGAGCGCCCGGCGGGGCCGGCGCCCCGGCAUGGCCGGCUCGUGCGCCGUCCAGGUGAAGCUGGAGCUGGGGCACCGAGCCCAGGUGAGGAAGAAGCCCACGGUGGAGGGCUUCACCCACGACUGGAUGGUGUUCGUCCGAGGGCCCGAGCACAGCAACAUCCAGCACUUCGUGGAGAAGGUCGUCUUCCACCUGCACGAGAGCUUCCCCCGCCCCAAGAGAGUGUGUAAGGAUCCUCCCUACAAAGUUGAAGAAUCUGGGUAUGCUGGUUUCAUUUUGCCAAUUGAGGUUUACUUCAAAAAUAAGGAAGAACCUAAGAAAGUUCGAUUUGACUAUGACUUAUUCCUGCACCUUGAAGGCCACCCACCUGUAAAUCACCUCCGCUGUGAAAAGCUCACAUUCAACAACCCGACAGAGGAAUUCAGAAGAAAGCUGCUAAAGGCAGGAGGGAUCAUGGUAAUGUCAGAUGGCACAUCAUUCUCUUCAGGGCAGAGCCUUCAUCUCCCCAACCUUCCCAGUAACUCCCUGUCUUUUUCUGAAGUGAAGAAGAAAUCAUCUCAUGGGCCAAAGGACCCAACUAAGCUUCUGAACACAAAUAGCAGUAGCAGCAGUAGUAACAGUUUUUCAAAGCCCCACAAGUUAACAAAGGAGCACAAGGAAAAACCUUCUAAAGACUCGAAAGAACAUAAAAGUGCCUUCAAAGAACCUUCCAGGGAACACAACAAAUCUUCCAAAGAAUCCUCUAAGAAACCCAAAGAAAACAAACCACUAAAAGAUGAAAAAAUAGUUCCUAAGAUGGCCUUCAAGGAACCCAAGUCUAUGUCCAAGGAGCCAAAAUCUGAAAACACCACCAUCCUUACCAUUACCGGUGGACAACAGCAAGAAAAGAAGACCCUUACAAAAAGGCCCUCUGUUCUGGACUCUGAUGAAUCUUCUGCAAAAAAAAGAAAAAAAGGUGUGUCGGAGUCAUUAUUUAAAAGUUUUUCUAGUGCUCCACCACUGAUUUUUACUUGCUCAGCUGAUAAAAAACAAACAAAGGAUAGAUCUCAACUCAAGAUGGGGAGAGUCAAAAUUGAAAGCGAUACACUGGAAAAGAAGACGCCUACUUUACCACCAUUUGAUGAUAUUGUAGAUCCCAAUGAUUCUGACAUGGAAGAGAACUUGUCUUCUAAAUCUGAAUCUGAACAGCCCAGUCCUGCCAGUUCCAGCUCCAGUUCCAGCUCGAGUUUUACACCAUCUCAAAACAGCAGACAACAAGGUCCAUUGAGGUCUAUAAUGAAAGAUCUGCAUUCAGAUGAUAAUGAAGAUGAAUCAGAUGAAGCAGAUGAGAAUGACAAUGAUUCUGAAUUGGAACGACCUGUAAAUACACGAGGAGGGAGCAGGAGUCGCAGGGUUAGUCUGAGUGAUGGCAGUGACAGUGACAGCAGUUCAGCUUCCUCACCACUACAUCAUGAACCAGCACCACCUUUAUUAAAAACCAACAACAACCAGAUUUUAGAAGUGAAAAGUCCAAUAAAGCAAAACAAAUCUGAUAAACAAAUUAAGAAUGGAGAUUGUGAUAAGGCAUAUCUCGAUGAACUAGUAGAGCUCCACAGAAGAUUAAUGACACUGAGAGAGAGACAUGUACUGCAGCAGAUAGUAAAUCUUAUAGAAGAAACUGGACACUUUCAUAUCACAAAUACAACCUUUGACUUUGAUCUUUGCUCACUGGACAAAACCACAGUCCGUAAACUACAGAGUUAUCUGGAAACAUCUGGAACUUCAUGAGAAUUGAGCAUCUGGCUGUAUCAAAAACUGUUACCUAAAUGAAACAUUCAGAAUGAUGCAAGUGAAAUGGGGAGAAACAAAGCAAACCUCUUCAGCUUUAUUUUUGCUUAAAGCCAGUCAUCAUCUCUUGAUGAAGGAGAGGAAAAGUGACAAGACUCAGAGGACUGCUCUUCUCAACAAGAAAAUGCUCCGAAAGAGUUUGCCUGGAUAGCCUUGAAAAACAAACACAAAAACAAACAAAAAACCUUGGUCUUAAUGAAUGUGUAUGGUAUCAUGUAUCUCUCUGUGGUGUUCCAGUCCACAAGAUGAAUGCAUGUUCAACACACUGCCUUAUUACAUUACUGAUCUAUUUAUUAUUGCAUACAUGUAUUCCAAAGUCAUUGAGUCACUGAAUGACACUAGCAGAUGUUGCAAGUAGUGGAAUCCCAUGUAUGCUCUUUUGAUUCAGUCCCAUCAAAAGCCUAGUAACGUUAUUCAUGUUAAAUUGUCACUUCUUGCUAACUCUCUGUAGUCACUGAAAACACUACAGUCUUGUUUUCCACUUCUUCACUUCCAAGAAUCAAGACACAAAGUGGGGGACCAAACAGUGGUCCUAUAUUCUGUUUCCGCUGUCACAGUGGGCCAGACCACAGCAGGUUGGAUUGCAGGUCCUAGGCUCUAUCCAUUUAUUGAUCUUGACCAUGGUAGAAAGUGCACCAAAUAGGAACAUAUGACUUGCUGUCUAGCCUUAGUGAAUAAACCAGUAGGACUUCUAACAAAAAAAUGUUAUGUAUACUGUCCUGAAUCCAGCAUCUUUUGCAGUCUGCAUUCUUGUGUCUGUUUUAAUGUUAUAAAGUUAAAUAUAUAUGAGUGAAGGUGUACUGCAGGAUCAUCAUAAAAGAAGAAAUACUGGUCCUGUUUUCUAAGGAAAUGUUGUAGAAAAUUCUUAAUUUGGAGCUAUUUAUUACUAUGAGUUUCUGCACUCCUUUGCUGCCAGUGUGUGACUUAUACCAUAAAAUUAUUGGCAUAACAUUUUUGUUUGUUCAUGUAGUAUAUGGUCUGUUUAGCCUGUUUGUUUUUUGUUGUUGUUGUUGUUUUUUUUGUUUAUUUUGUUUUGUCUUUGUUUUGUUGUUUUUGUUUGGUUGUUUGUUUUACAACUGCUAAAUUAAAACUCCUUAUUUGAAAAGCAAAAAAUUGGUUGUUAUACAGUUACAUGUUGGAAUAAAUACAUAUAUGAUAUAUAUGUGUGUGUAUACAUGCACAUAUUCACACAUAUAUAAAUAUAUAUACACACACAUCUUCUACACUUUCCAGAUUUUAGUAUCUGUUCAGUAACCUGCUUGUGCUUCCAGAAGGAUUUCUUGACCAUCAAAAUGAGUAUUCUUUCAUGCUAUCUUUUAUUCCUUAAAAUUGGAAUCCUUGUUCAUGCAAUGAGAGGACCUGUACUCGGUUUCACAUUGAAGAUCGGUGCUGUCAUAUUGCUGAUAGUUUCUUGAUCAAAUCAUCACCUUUCUAUUUACCUUCCAAGGUAAAACAAGUCCCCAGUGAAAAGAUAAAAGAAUCACCCCCCCCCCCCAAAAAAAAAAAAAAUAAAAUAAAAUCAUACUUCUGGAUGCAAAACUUUAUUCAGGUUUACCAGUCUUAAAAAUAUAUCUUGUUUCUGGACAGGCCAGUAUAUGUCAUGUAUAUGCUUUUAUGCCACAUGUAGUCUGUAUAUCUAGAGUUGAACAGUAGUGUCUGUAUGAUAUAUUGUUUCAUGCACACAGUUUGUGCAGCACUGUAAAACUAAAUUCCUAUUGGGGUUAUUUCUUAUUCAGAUGGUAGAUCUUAAUACUGUUUCUUUAAGUCCAAAGAAAAUUUUACACUUUACUGUUUUUGAGAGGGUGAGUUGGGGAUUGGGUUGGGGGACUAUUUUCAUAUUUAAAAUGUUGUUUGACCACACUCUGCAGGAAGUCCUUCUCAGACUUCCAAAGAACAAGUGUACUUUUUCAGUAAUGUUAUGACUCUUAUUGACGAUUGGCAUGAAGCAUACUUGAAGCAUUAUGUUGUUAAGUCCAUGUCUUAAUGUGCAAUUGUUGGAGGGGGAUGGGGAUCAUUUUAAAGUUACUUUUGGCAUAAGACAGGUGAUGGUGGGGAGGAGGAAGGGGGUGCAUGUGAGGGGGAUUAACUUCAAUUUAUAUUGAUAUUUUAUAUGAAAAUGUUUGGAAACCUAAAAGCAACCUUAAAAGCCUUUGGUCUACUAGUGCGUGUUCAACUUCCUGUGUUUUAGUUACACAACAUACAUGUGGAAUUUUGUCCGUUUUGACUUUUCUGACUAAGUUUUAUGGUAACAACUCCUUCAGUCUCAGGAGGUGGAAGGAUCCCAUGAUACUGCUAGUAUGAAUAUUGCACUGUCUUACUAGAAAUGGCAAAAUGUAUCAUUUUACAGUUAAAAUACUGGAUAAUCUUUAUUGUUCAUUGAGAACAGGGGUGGAAGAAAGCAAAAAGUAGGAAAACAGGCAUAAAAGAGAUGACAGCAGUUGCAGUAUCAAAUUACUAAUGACUUUAUUGCAAAUCAUGGAGUAUCCUUAAACUCUUUAAUUUUGUAAUUCAUUAAUGUUGGGAGAAGAAAGAAAAUAGACUGAAGAGUUGUGUGUAUGUGUGCCUGUGUGCAUGUUGAGUUUUCCACAAAAUUCUGAUAGAAUAAGAUUUACCAAAUGUUGAUUUCAGUUUAAAAAAUACACUAGCUAUUUUCAUCUAAUUUUGUAUACAGAAACAAAAUAAAUCCUUGUUCAAUUGAUUUCAAACAGUCAUAUUUCUCUUAAAGAAAUUGUAAUAAGAUACCCUAUCAAGUUUUUCAACAUAUGAAAUCAUUGAUGUUUUGGGGACUGGUUAAAAUGUUUCAGCAAUAAAUGUUUUGGAGUUGUA